AAGCCGGUCGGUCACGUGCGGUGUACUGAGGUCGCUCACUUAGCGGGUAAAAUGUAUUAUAAAUUUAGCGGUUUAACUCAGAGACUAACGGGAUCUGUGUCAUCUUCGGCCUACAGUCCACAGGGUUUAAGGUCAAGUGCACCCUCUGAAACCUCUCCAUUGAUCUUUGCUACCCCAACCAAAGUGAUUUCUGAAUCUGGAGUGUCUCCAGAAUACAUGGGUGCCAACAGGGUUCCAGAUCUCCAGAGGAUAUUUCAGGCAUCAGAUGGGGUCCCGGUGCACCUUAAACGCGGUGUUCCUGACCGGCUCCUGUACAGAACCACCAUGGCUUUAACUGUCGGAGGUGCUCUGUACUGUUUGGUGGCUCUUUACAUAGCUGCACAGCCUAAGAAUAAGUAAAGGCACAUUGGUAUUCAUGAACUUUAAAAGAGACUGUAAUGUUUUCUGGGAUAUAUUUAACAUCAUGGGACAAAUGGCAGUUAUGUGUGAAGAUUAUAGGGAGGACUCUGAACAACCUCUGACCUCAUUUACAGUGAACAAUUCUGUUGUACUGAUCAUAGCUCUGGUUAAUACAAAGGGACAAACGGUCUGCUUCUCUAGCAGCAAUAAGUGUGUGUUGGUGAAUAAUGGGAAAUUUGUAGUGUAUAUAUUUAAGUUAUUCCACGAAAUUGAGUCGUACAUGAGCUGACAGCUGGCGAGGCACGUAGCGCCGAGUUGGCUAUAAGCCAUGUACGACGAGAUUGAGUGGAAUAACUGGUUGUUGUUGUUUUUUUUUCUAUCCAAAUUGAUUGGAUUUUGAGAAACGGAGCAUUUUUAUUUUUUGCAAAUUCGAUAAAUAAAAACUUUAUCCAAAAUGUCCGACAAAAUCAUUUCCGCUUAGAAUGUAAACAAACCGGCGAAAUGACGAGCAAUUUGUGAAAAAUGCAAUAAUAAUAAUAGUAAGAAUAAUUCUUGAAAAAUAAAAAGAUACAUUCUUACCAUCAAAUACUUUCAUUCCAUAUUUUGUUGCCUCUUUAUUUUGGGGGGUUUUGUUUUCAAGUCGUUUUUAUUUCGUCCUCGGUUGGUUCAGCAACAUGCUCCGCCAUUUUGUUUUUCUCUACUCAUGAUAUAGGAGUUGAUAGUCUAAUAGUAGAGUAGCCAAUCAGAGCACGCAAUUGCUCAUAUCCAGUGAAUGUGGAUAGAAUAAUUACAAUUAUUUUUUUCGCGGUGCGGUUUCCAUCAAAUCCUGCGCUCUGAUUGGCUGGUGAGCAGGUCUGUAUCCUACGAUAUGGACCCUGGUUAUGGACCUCUGGUGACUCGCUCGCUCACAACAACAACAAACGUAAUAUAAUUUUUUUUGUCAACAUUUAUGUUUUUUAAUUUUUUUAUAAGAUUUAUUUAUAAGAUUAUCAAAAAUCUUAUAAAUUUUUGCCAGCAUUUCUCAGGAGAAUAGCAUUAAUUUUACAGCAUGGAUAGCGAUAACGACAGUGUUCACAGCAAAAGUGAGUUUUGCUACCCUGAGGAAGAAGAAAUGAAACAUUUCAGGAGAAAGCUAAAAACCUCUAACUUGCUAACGCCAAGCAAAAACAUGGCUGAAUCCUGAAUGACUCAAUUUUGUUUAAAUAGGGGACUACAUAGGUGGCAAGAUGUAGUUUUUUAUUUAUUUAUUUAUUUUUCCUGCCAUGGAAGUGCACUUGUAUACCGAGGAGGAAGCAAUUUGCAUUACAGCCGUGAAUGAGGAUUCAAAAUUGCGGCUCGGCUCGGUUUUCCCUUUCGGGCGCUCUCGUUUUCUGUUAGAAUUUGGUAAAGAAAAAAAUAAAUAUAUUAUUUACCAGCUUAAGGUUGGUCCGUAUGGUGAAAUACCGUGACCUCGGCCUUGAAUACUGACUUUGACCUAGAGGGCCUCGCUCAGUACUUUCAAGACCUCAGUCACGGUAUUUCACGAUACGGACCUCCCAGCUGGUAAAUAACACACAUAUAUUUAGACAGUGAAAGGAUAGAGCAGGCUGUACACUACCGUUCAAAAGUUUGGGGUCAUCCAGACAAUUUUGUGUUUUCCAUGAAAAGUCACACUUUUAUUUACCACCAUAAGUUGUAAAAUGAAUAGAAAAUAUAGUCAAGACAUUUUUCUGGCCAUUUUGAGCAUUUAAUCGACCCCACAAAUGUGAUGCUCCAGAAACUCAAUCUGCUCAAAGGAAGGUCAGUUUUAUAGCUUCUCUAAAGAGCUAAACUGUUUUCAGCUGUGCUAACAUGAUUGUACAAGGGUUUUCUAAUCAUCCAUUAGCCUUCUGAGGCAAUGAGCAAACACAUUGUACCAUUAGAACACUGGAGUGAGAGUUGCUGGAAAUGGGCCUCUAUACACCUAUGGAGAUAUUGCACCAAAAACCAGACAUUUGCAGCUAGAAUAGUCAUUUACCACAUUAGCAAUGUAUAGAGUGGAUUUCUGAUUAGUUUAAAGUGAUCAUUGAAAAGAACAGUGCUUUUCUUUCAAAAAUAAGGAAAUUUCAAAGUGACCCCAAACUUUUGAACGGUAGUGUAUAUAGGGUAGGUUAGGCUGUAAAAGUUUCUCUACAUUCAAACUCCAUUCACACACAGUGGUCACGUAAAGCCCAGACUACAUUUAAGCUCGGGCUACAUGGAGGUGUCAGUGAUCGAAUCUGUUUUGAGAAUGAGAUUGCAGAAACAUCUGCCAAGUGAAAAAGGGGAGGAAACUGUUUCUCACAGCUUUGUCGAUUGCUGCUGAAUUAUAAUGCACCUGGUCUCACCUCUAUGAAUCAGUUCAAUAGAACAAUGUUAUUGCAGCGAGUGCAAGAGAUGUGAGUCAGGGAUAGCAGAGCACCUUCUAGUGAACAGAAAUACCAUUCGCGUUCGAGUAAGUUACCUUUCAAUAUGAAUGUCCUUGUGAAUUGAAAUAUUGCAAAUAAUGUGAAUUGCAUGAUAUGAUAGAUGAAUGUGUGUGUAUUUCUUUCCUUAUUCAUAUAAACUUUAUGAUGGAUAACUGAA